UCACUCACAGUGGCAUGUAUAUAAAGGGCUCGUGGCUUGAAAUCUGCUCUGCAUCUCAACAGAGUGGCGCAUUGGAUCUGCUUUCUCCUUGUUCCUGUUUGCUUCAUCGAUCCCAGCUACUGCAAUGGCUUAUAGUGGCGUGUCACUGUCCUUGGUCGCGCUGCUCCUCGUGAGCUGCGCCUCGGCGGCGGCGGCGGCGACCAAGUACACCGUCGGCGACACGUCCGGCUGGACGACCGGCUCCGAUUACACCACCUGGGCCAGCGGCAAGAAGUUCAAAGUCGGCGACACUCUCGAGUUCAACUACGCCGGCGGGGCGCACACGGUGGACGAGGUGAGCGCGGCGGACUACGCGUCCUGCUCCUCCAGCAGCGCGCUCAGCAGCGACAGCACCGGCACCACCACCGUCGCGCUCAAGACCGCGGGCAAGCACUACUUCAUCUGCGGCGUCGCCGGCCACUGCAGCGGCGGCAUGAAGCUCGUCGUGGACGUCGCCGCCCCGGCGCCGGCCCCGACAACAGACACCCCGGACACCACGCCAUCCACGACCCCGACGUCCCCCUCGAGCUCCGGCGUCACGCCCAAGACCCCGGUCACGGUGCUCGCGCCGCCGGCCAAGCAGUCCAACUCCGGCGCCACCGGGCUCAGGGCCGCAGCGUGGGCUGGGUUGGGUCUGGCCGGGCUCGUGGCCGUGUUCUAGGGCCGCGGCUAGGGUGGAGGCAGUGCUAUUAUUGUUAGGUCGCACAUCAUUUAUUCAUGUAUUUGUUGAGGAGCUGAGGUUUCUUUUGAUUGAGGGAACCGGUGCUUUUGCUGUGCUGGUGGCAGUAGCUGGAUACUAUGCUAUCGUUUCUUUCAUGCUUUUCUAUCUUGUUUCUGUACGCUGAGCAUUAAUUUUCUAUCUUGUUUCUGUACGCUGAGCAUUAAAAUGUGAUUGGUUGUUCACAGAAAA